GUACUCAUUACGCAUGACAAAAAUGGCGUUAUAGUUUUCUUGGGCCGCAUCUGUAUCAAAAUUUGUCCGGCUUCAAGAGAAGUUAAGAAGAACUAUUCCCAUGGAUGGAUCGAAAUAACAAAUUGGGAAGAAGGUUUACAACCAAAACUGCGAUGUGUGAGAAGUAUAAAAAUGCAUGAAGCGGUAAAUUGAGACUGUUAUCAACCUCUGCCCGAGAGCCUCGUUGUAACGUCGCCGCUCGACAUAAAAUUGCUUCCAUUCAGAAAAUCGAUUGACAAGUGAGAAAACUUUCAACCAACAGAUCGCUCCAUAGGUGUGGGGGAUGUGUUGAAAAUAGAUGUUACCUAUGAAGACAAUCAUUGAUUUUUUUCAUAAUUUUAAACGGUGUAUUAUUUUGUGAGUUAACAUGUCGACCGACCCGCCUCCAGUUCAUACUGCAAGUGUCAGUCAUGACACACAUGGGGUUAACACUCCCAUGCCUCCGAUAAGCAGCUUGGCAGCACCGUCCAACAUACCGCCUGUCAUGACAUGGAACUCAUAUGUGGGACUGAGCAAUGCAGCACCUCCACAAACUUUGGGGGUGUCAAAUCCUGAUGGCAUACCCAGGCCAUUAGCAUCCCAGGUUGUUCCAAGAAACUACCCAACUAGUUACCACACAUCUGCACCAGUUUAUGGUGGGGCCACCCUGGAAGCACCCCUUCGUCAAAAUAUUGACUCCCCAGCAAUAAGACAGACACUUGAAGCGCCGAUAAGGCAAACAAUAGAAGGACAGCUCCGCCAAACAAUUGAGGAGCCAAUCAGGCACACACCACCACCCACAGCACCUGCUAAUAACGUCACCAUGAUUGACCCAUCAACAAUGAUGGCUACUACAGUUCAUAUGACAUCCGUCCGGUCAGUAACUUCUGUGCCCCUUCAACAAGAUAGGUUAGCAGCAACAAUGCAAAGUGAUAACAACAUAAUAUCUGCUGCUUUGGAAUCAAGUAAACUCCAACCAGAAACCCAUGUUGUUGUUCCUACUACUAUAUCUGCUAGGACUCCAAGUCAGAUCCAGAUGGUCCCAAACAUAUCUAUUCAAGAUGGACAUCAGCAAAUAAUCAAUGCACAAGACACUAUGUUGCAUGCUCCUCAUUCUGUUGCAGCAUACUCAGUAGUGACACAUGCACCAGUUAUAGAUAGUCAGACUGGACACAUCACUACCCAUCAUGCACAGCUCGCUCAAGCUGUAGUGAAUACACCGCCCAUAACUCCUCAGCCUCAGGUUUUGCCUCAGACCCGAGUUCAAGCUCCACCCCCUACCAAACAAGCAAAAUCGAAUGAACUAACAGAUGUUGGUCCAAAACAUGGAAGAAGGGGCAGGCCUUCAGGAGGUGGUAAAACAUCACGCAAAAAUACAUCCCCUCGUUCAGCAGCUAAAAUGUCACCAACAAAAACACGAUCUUCUACUGCAGCUGUGCCAACCCCUGACCCUCUCUCAGCAAUGAGCAAAGAGGAACAAAUGGACCUGGCAGAGGUACUGAAAAAUGUAUCCAUGGUUCCCAAACCAUUACAUGUUUCUCCUCGUAAGCUAAAAAGGAAGGCAUACUCUAUCAAAGAAAAACUAAAUACCGUUGAAAGAGUAAAAGCAGGUGAACCAAGAUCAAAGAUUCUGAGAGACCUGGGAAUUCCUGAUUCUACACUUAGAGGUUGGAUGAAAGAUGAGGACAAACUGCGUACAUUUGCAUACAAUGUUGACAUUAAGAAAAAGAAAGCCAGGACAGCAAAAGAUACAUUACUUGAUUCAGUUCUGCAUAGCUGGUACUUGCAGCAGAAGGAACGUGGAAUGAAUGUCACAGGAGCCAUGUUGAAGAUCAAAGCUGAUGAAUUAAAUAAAGACAUUAAUGGUGAAAAUAAUUUCAAAGCUAGUGCUGGAUGGUUGUACAGAUUUCAGAAACGUCAUAACCUUGGCAAGCAGAGAGAUCCAGAUGAAGACGAUGCAAAGAAUGUGCCAACACUGGGAUACAAGGAGGAAAUCCUGCAUUUCCCAUAUGAUCAAGUUCUUAAGAACCAGGAUGUGUCAGCUGCUGACGAGAAGGUUCACCAGUUCUGUCAGAAAGUGAGGGAACUUUUACUUUCUGGUGGUUACAAUGAUGAACAAGUGUACACAUGUGAUGAGACUGGGUUUUUCUACAAACUUCUUCCAGACAAUAACUUUCUUGUUCCGUCAGAUGAACCUAGCUGUGCUAACAGCAAGAGAAUCAGAGACCGGGUGACAAUGCUGUUCUGUUUGAAUAAAACAGGCCAGCACAAACUGAAGCCUCUAUGUGUCGGGAAGUAUAGAUCGCCUAGGGGCUUCCAACAUGUAAAUGUAUCCAAAUUGCCUUUUUGGUAUAAAUGUAGCCACAAUGCCUGGAUGACAUCUGCAAUUUUCAUGGACUGGUUUAUAACAUGUUUUAUUCCUGAAGUGAGGCACUAUCAGAGAGAAAAGAAAUUGGACGAGAAAGCUGUGUUGCUCUUAGAUGAGAAUCCUGCUCAUCCAUCUGGUGAUGUUCUGGUUUCUCCAGAUGGGAAUAUCCAGGUCAUUUUCUUGCCAAAAGACACUACCUCAGUUGUUCAGCCCCUAGACCAUGGAUUAAUGGCCACCUUUAAGUCAAGCUACAGGACUGAGUUAAUCAAGGAGGUGGUGACAACCGAAACUGAUGUGAAACUAUUUCUUCGUCACCUUUCACUGAAGAGGAUGAUGUAUAUUGGAGAGAAGGCAUGGUCUGCCAUUAAACCACGAACAAUCGAAAAGAUGUGGCAUAAGUGUCUGCCCAUGGUGUUCGACCCCCUAGCUGGUGGUUCUGAUCCUGCUGAUGAAGAAUCAACUCCUCUCACCGAUGCCAGCGGAAGAAACAAAGCUGAUUCUGAGAAGCUGUUUCAGGAGAGACUGGAGGCAGCAGGCAUUGAGACAUCCGUAGCAACCAUCAAGGAAUGGACCGGCCUCAAUGAGAAUCUCCCAACCACAGAUAUCUCCACAAUAGGUGCUACUGAGAAUGAAGAACAGGAAGUCCCAUCUGAACCCAUGGAGCAGGAGCCCAGUGAGGAUGAGGAGGACAGCCAGUCAAAGAUUCCAUCCAAUGCCGAGGCAGUCAAAGCAUUUGAGAUCGGCCUUCAGUGGUUGGAGUCUAAAAACAUUGACUAUAUUACAAUAUUGCAGGUGCAAAGUAUUUUGGACUAUGCCCGUUAUGAACGGCGAAAUGAACUUUCUCAGUUGAACAAUAGUUGUUGAUUGUUGAAUUUGUGCAUGUUGUUUGACAUGUUUGAGAAGCCUGUUGUUUGGGUUUGGGUUUAUUUACAGUAGGAUACAUAUAUACAUACAAGUUGAUCGUAAUCGGGAUAUAUUUUGUUGCAGCCAUGGACAACUCCAAUACUAUCUUAUGCUAAUUUUUGGCAUAAUGAAAAGGGACAUGAGUUUUUCCAUUUGUUAUAGGGUGUCUUAAAUAUUGAUCAUUUUCCGGAGGGAAGGGACUUAAAUGACCAUAAAAGUCCAGUUUCCAUCCUUGCCAGACUAGGCUGGGCUUAUGGAGUUUUAUUUUGGCUGGACUAACGAGUCUAUGCAUAGUCCAAUCAACAUCGCAUAACGAAAUUGACAUCUGGUUGGUAAACUGCCAUGCAGAUUUCAGUCGGUUGCAGAAUUUGCAAAGCAUGUGUACCGUCAACUUGAUGUCAGCAGAUAUUUCCCAAUCUACUCAAGUUUUUACGCAAGUGCUCGCCUGACUUGAUGCACUUUGUGCAUUAAGACCCAUUUUAUCACAAUAUAGAUUUUGAUUAUUGAUCAGAUUGUCUUGACUGGGCACCACCAUUUUGUUUGAAGCAAAUGCAAGUGAUAAAAGAGUUGGAAUCUGAAUCCUCAAUAGAGGGGACAUAGAAGAGAAAAAAAAUGUAAUAGGCACUGGUGGUACUGCGAUUGAGCCCAGAAAUUUCAAUCUUGUUCGGCAAAGGAUGGAAACUGGACUUUUAUGGUCAGUUAACUCCCUUGCCUCGGGAAGAUGAUAUUGAUCAGUUUGGUAAGGAACCGCUCUCGUUAAUCAUUUACUGAAAUAUGAAUGCAGGUGUACUUGAGAGGUGAUAAAAGGGCAUUUGUUUGUCUCGUUUUAUUUAGAAAUAAGUUGUUUUUAUCCACAGCUUUGGAUGUGAAUGGAGUAUUUUGUGGAAGAAUAUACAUACAGAUAAGAGGACAGAUCAGCAUGUGAAUAAUAUCAAUCAAGGACAAUGUACUGGGUAACAAUGAAGUAGGCAGAGUUUGAAAUUAGGGGUGCGGGGGUGUCCUGUAGGUUUGCACCUAUAGUAUUUGAAUCAAGGGCCCCUCCAAAUCUUUACCUUCCAAAAUUAGAGCAAUGCUAAAUAUCAAAAAUUGAUUAUAAGUGUGUAAAAGGGUUACAAAGUGUAUUGUCUUGUUACAUAAUUUUGCAUCAAGUUAUUACGCACACAAAGUAUGCAUAGGCAGGGCUUCUAUAUCUAGAAAUGCGAUUAAGUACAAAAUAUGACAUGGUUUACUCAAUGAUUAUACAAAUUGUGCCUUCUAGAACGUCCAACUUCUAGCUCAAGUGUUUUAACAUGUUUAAUGUGGUGAUGAAAUGCAAUAAGAUCCACAGAUUUGAAUUAUCCAUGUUUAUUAGUUUAAUGUUUUUGGGUGUUUUCCUAGUUCCAGUCUUUUAGCAUCUGUUAUUGUUGUUCACCUCUCCAAACUUAAUCUUGAAGUGUCCAAUUUGCUGGAUGCAAAAUCUUGGGUCCUUGACUCGUAAACAUGGAUGCUACAGAAAUGCAGAGUGCAUCCACUUGGACGCAGAAAAUUUGUAUGCAUGUUUAUGCUGCGAUUUCAUAAUAUGCCGCCACUUGUCUUACAAGAUCAAUUUCCUCUUUCAGCAUGCACAAGUUUAUAUAUUAUUUGAACUAGAGUACCUAUUGAUGAUAGGGGUGAAGUGUGUGCAUCAAAGCAUGGCAUUGGCAGAACAAGAAGUGUUGUAAAUGGUUUUUUGGCUGCGAAAGUUCAAGUAUGUCUUAAAGUUCAGACAAUCAUGAGUCUCAACUUGUACAUCAAAUUAUAAUUUACAUAUUAAAUAAGACGAGAACAAGCAAGGAAUUAAGCUGCUUUGUUUGAAAUAAGAUUGUUAUGUUCAAUAUUUGUCAAUUCAAUGGGAAUCCCAUGUUUUCUAACUGGUACUGUAAUUAAAGGUUGUGAGUUCCCUGGACCCCCAAAAUAAAUACCCCAGGUAAAUCCCUGGUUUGUUACAAGGUUACUACUGAAGAGUGUAAUAUUAAAGAUACACAUAUAUGUCACAUUCAGUUCAUUAUCUGUAUUCCCUCUGCUGGGCUACAGGUGGUAUGGUUGGCAUAGUAACCUGAGGUGCUGCGCUUCACCACAGACAGAGGUGGUCCCUGGGGCUGGCCAGAAGAAUAUGGUUUUGGGUUUGAAUCCCAAAUGUGACCUAUGAUAAUUAUGAAUAUGAUUCUUGGUUUAGUGGUGAACAUUUAAGACCUGCAUCACAUCACUGUCCUUCCUGGUCAACAUGAUGAUGAAACAAGACAUGGAGUGAUGUAACUAAAAUACUGUUCAAAGUGGUGUCAACACUCUAUAAAGUAAUUGAAGUUCAACUACAAAGUGGUCUAGCCUCCUACAGAUCUGAUUCAAGGAGCAAGUGGAGCUACAGAUGCUGGUCACACUGGCACAUACAUUAACUUUAACAAACAUCAAACUACAAAUUAAUAGUUAACAUAUCAUGAUAUUCAUGUUCAUAUGUAUUUACAGGCUUGACUGUAUUGUGAAGUGAUUAAUUUGAUGAUUCAUAUUUGAGAAAAGUCUGCAUACAAGAUAUGUUGUGAAAAACAUGGAAACAUUUUCCAUACUGAAAGAUGAUUUAAAGUUAUUGAAUAAUACUUCUAGCCAGUGCCCAGGAAAUGUUGAUGCAUAUUGAAUGUUUGUAAAAGCAGAAUAUUUAAGGUAUCUAUCAUUAAGUGUGUAUAACAAUGCAUUGUAUUGCCAGUAGAAUCUCAAGAAGGGUGUUGAAGUGUGAAAGAGAUACUGACUGUAUAUUGGAUAUAAAGACAUAAUUCUGUAUACUACUCAAGUCUUUUCUUGAAUACUGACAACAUUUAUGAUUGCAAUAAACCAUAUCUGACCAGGAGAA